AUGAACCGAGUCGAGGAUGCCGAGAAGAUCAUACGCAAAGCCUGUAAAAAUAACAAAAGUCGUCUGCCAAGUGACUUAGGACUUAUUGCUACUGCUCUUGUGUAUUAUGGACUUGUUAUCGCGCUAUCCGAUCAGUCAUCACCAGGAAGGUCAGUAUUUGAUGGCAAUUUCUUCCUCAACAAUGCUAUAGCAGGAGCAAUCGAACUGCCAACCUUAGCAGUGUGUGUGUUUUUGCUCAAGUAUGGUCGAAAAAGGUAAUU